CCCGCAGCCCCCCCCAUAAGAAAAUUGUAUUGCUACUGAUCUCUCAUAAAGGAAACGUCAUUGUUGCCCACUUUCUGAACGUUGACCGAAAGGAUGAAAUACUUUUCCUUCUUCAACCUCGCAGCUGGGCGGUGAGCAUAUUCAACGGUGGAAAAUAACAUCCACAGAGAUGGACGAUUUCGACGCUGCUGUCAGCGACUUUUCAGAGGAAAUUGUGGAGGACUUCGAUUUCGAAAAAGAAUUUUUUGAAGCAGCUGCCACGCAGCCGAGCAACAGCAAAACCACCAGCGACAAAAACUACAAGCCGUCGCACCACAGCGAUAAUCGGGUGACCGCUAGCGACGGGGGUCUGGAAUUCGAUGCACGCGGACGCCCCACCUCUCCAGGGAACGAACUCGUCGAUGAGAAUCGGCCGCGUGGUCCAUCAGCGGAGGAUAUCGCCCUGGCAACGCGAUUUAGUGAGGAGAUUGCGGAACAUCGCGGGCCCUCGCAGAAAGACAUUGACUUGGCUUUGCAAAUGGCGGAGCAAAUUCGCUUGUCUGCGGCGGAGGCAGGAGGGGAAUUCGAGAACGAGGAUCUCGAGUACGACUAUGAUGCCACUUCCCCUGAACACAUCUUGAGCAAGGUGGAGGACGCCCGGCAGAAGAAGCUGAGCCUCGCGAAGGCAAAUUUGGAGCACGCGAAGACGCGGGGCGCGAGCAUGCGCAGCGGCUUCACCAGCAACACAAGCAUGCGCAGUGGCAUCACCAGCAUGACUAACGACGGGAUGAACAUGCGGGAAUUCCCGGCGUCGCAGUUGCAAGGACCACCAAUGAUCUCGGGAACCAUCGCGGAGGAGGAGAGUGCGGCGUUGACGCGGUCGAUUCGGGAAGUGAUCGCAGAGGGCACGCUGGAGCGCAACAGCCGCGACAACGUCCUGGUUGAAGAUGUCGCGGAAAACGCCGACGACCUGUCAACCCUGAAUUCCCGCCGCUCCUCGGCUGGCCGGAAGAAGCUGAACGCGCGCAAGUCCUUCCACGACGACCACUUCCAGGAGCACGAGGCCGGCUGGCACGCUGUGGGUUCGGGCAGCGCCAUCUUGCCGCCGUCCGCGAACGCGAGCGCCGGCGUGGUGGUGACGUUGCAGGGCCGCCAGUCGAACACGCUGAAGCCCGUCAGCGGCGACUUCGGCGAUUUCGGAGACGACUUGGAGACGCCACCGGGCGAGAGUGACAGUGCACGGACUGGCGAGCAGUUCGCGGCUGCUCCCAUCGCCGUUCGGGUCAGCCAGCAAUUGAUGGCGGAACAAAUGGUGGCGGCGCAAACUCUUGCGAAUGAGAGAGCUGCUGCGAUGAAGGCGGGAGGGGCGAAGACCAAUGAGCAGCCACAGCAGGUGCUGACGCCAAAGACCGCCACCAUGGAGGCGGCCGCGACCGCUGCGCAGCCAGUGCCCGCGGACGUGCUGUCACGGCUGUACGCGGCGGAAAAGCGGGCGCAGCGCCUGGAGACCGACUUGGUAGUGGAGCGCGCGCGUCGGAGUACCUUGGAGCGAGAGCGCGACCAGGCCGAUUUCGUCAAGCAGAUGACCAGUCUGAAGAAGGACGUGGCGUCCUACCAGCAGGAAGUGCGUGCCUACCGGCGGGAGAACCGGUACGCCGAGAAGCUCGACGCCCGCGCCAACCGCGAACUUCGGAUACCUGCCGGCAAACUUGUGGACGAGCUGGUAGCCGGCGCCACCACGGUACAGUACAACAACGCCGUGGCCGCGUACCGCCAGCGCCUCGGGCAAACCGCGGACGACAUGUUCGGGGGCGAGGAUCUGCAGGCUGGAUCCGACGGGAACUACAUGUUGAGGCUGCAGCCGUCGGCCGGCGUUGCCGGGAGGUUGGACGCGCGCAACCGCGUCCAUAUGCGCCCGUACCGCGCCGGCGCGCCCCUGGGGAAGAAGGGAAAUCCGCGAGGAGCCGGGAAGUCCCCGGACUUCUACGGAGGCUUGUUUGACCCCAUCAAAUCGGAGCAAGAAAUUCGGGACCAGUUGAUGCUCGGACCGAAAGACGCACCUCCGCUCGAGAUUCCAACGUAAGAGCUUAAUACACUUGGCGCUCUACUUUCUCCUUCAACAGUGUCAUUGAUUAUGGAAUUUACUUUUUGAUUUGUAAUCAGUUGUGAAAUGAUUAUGAUAAUGAUGAUCAGCACUUUUAUUCCCACAAACUGCAAAAUAACAGGGAGCCAUACGUUGUUCCUCCAGAAGCUCGCGACCAUGAACUCACUCGACCUCCGCAACACGCUCCUACGCUAGAAGAAAUACAACUCAACCCGAACAACUACACUGUACCGACGUACCUGCAGAACUAUGCGAAAGCAGCAGCACAGACAUCAUCUUCCGCUGCAACGCCGGCGAAGCCGCCUCCCGGUAAAAUCUUCAAGGACAGUGCGCCCGCAGGGUAUAAGAUGAAAGCGAAAAUGCCAAUAAAUCAAGGGGCGGCUGCUAAUAGUGUCCCGGGCGAUAGUAAUCAGACGCAGUGGGCCGUAGUGAACGGCAAGUACCAAAAGUUGGGAUCUGCGUUGCCAGUGCGUUCGCGUUCGGGUGACAUGAACUUUCCGGUGCCGAUGCCGCAGAGUCAAGGUGGUGCAGACGAGGACCAAAUGUCCUCAAUGAUCGCCGCAGUUGAUAUUCCUCCCGCCGUUCCCGGGGGCGGGAGAUCAUCAAAUAUUAGAAACAUGAUUGACAACGAAGACACAACUGCUCCCGAAACUGCCGGUGGUGAUGAGGACGUGGCCGUGACGCCCGCGAUGAUCGCGCUCGACAACGCAAGGCGAACCUUGUCGGAGCAAACUGGGCUACCCGAGUACGCCGUGGAAGCAGCUGCUGUAGAGGUUGCCGUCAGGGGUGGAUCGCUGCUUGUCACAGACGAUGCGCAACCUUCGACUCCCGAGAGCAGUAGCCCGCGCGUCGUGGAUUUGGCAUUCCUUUCGCAGAAGAAGGAAGUGCAAAAAGCCUACAGCGGGCGUCCCACAGGGUUCGAAGAACAACCUGGAAGCGGCGCAGCUGGUGGACGAGCACCGGCAGUGAGCAACAGGGCCGCCUUUCUCAGUCAGAAAAAAGAGGUCCAAAAGGCCUACACCGGCCGACCCAGCGCAUUUGAGUACACUGGUGAUGCUGCAGGCGGACCAGCAGGCCCGUUGUCGAGCGGUGGUCCUGUGUCAUCCGCCCGACUCGCGUUUCUGGAGGAUAAGAAGCCCGUGCAAAAAGCGUACGGUGGGCGACCAACGCACUACGAAACCACCGGUAAACCACCGGCAAAACUGGGCGGGUUUCAAGUACCACAAGAGAAUAAAAAGCAAAUCCAGAAGGCCUACAGCGGGCGCCCUACGGGAAUGGAAGGCGCACAGCCACAGAGUUUCGGGCAGACACCUGGUCGCUUAGCCUUUCUUGAGGAAAAAAAACCGGUGCAAAGAGCUUACAGUGGACGCCCGACACCUGUCGACGCAACCGGUACUAACAUGGUAAGUCUACCAAAGGAACCGGACUACACGCCAAGUCCGCCGAUCCAGUCUCGCGGUGAGCCAGCUGUGCCGGCGGUUAUCGCCCUGGGAAGUCGCAAGCAAGCCUACGAGCAGCAGGCGCGGACCAUGGCAAAGCGCCAGGACACCGUCGAAGCGGUGAACGAGCAAGCUCCGCCUGCGCCAGUCGCGCCAAUGUCUUUGAAAGAGCGAAUGCGGCUGCUCGAGGAGAGCAAGAGCGGGAAGAAAGCACCAGCUCCGGAGCCCGUUGCGGAACCCACUGUCUCGCCCAUGCAGAGCGCACGCGAACGAUUUGAGCAUCCGCGCAGCUACGAAGCUCCACCCGAGCCUCCGCACGCGCCCGAGGUCCGCAGCCUGCGCGACGCUUUCGAGCGUCCAGCCCCGCCGUCACCCAAGCAGGAGCCGAAAGAAGUGACGGCUGUGAUGAGCAUGAAAGCGAUGUUCGAUAAGCCAGAGCAGAAGCCCAAGCCGAAACCAGCGGUGCUGAGCAUGGCACAGCAAUUCGAAAAGCCACAGCCCAAGGCAAAGCAGAAGGUUGAACCGCGGCACGAGUUUGUCACCGCGCAGAAGCACUACGAGGUGAGCGAGCCAACGGCAGUGCAGAAAAUGGCCAUGGGCAUGGAGGCACCAAAGGCGCAGCCGAAGCGCAAGACGCAAACGGCCGAGGCUAUUGCCAGCAAGAAGAGCGUUUUCGAGGACAAGGCAGCGGCUGCGAGGAAGACGAGAAAAACCGCGGAGACCGAAGCGAUCACCAGUAUGAAAGAGAUGUUCAACAAGUCCCCGGCGACGUCUCCAGCGCAGAGCCCCCGGGAGGCGUUGAAAAACAAAGGGGCCAACAAGGGAGGUGCUUCCGCGAGUAGAACCCCGCCAGCCGGGUUCAACCUUUCUCCGGGGGGCAAAGGUACUGCAACUCCAACGGAUGUUGCAUACGAGUACGACCCAUCAACAACUUCGCUGCCGUUCCCAAGAACGGAUAGUGUGAUCUCUCCCAUCUUAAGGUCGGUCCAGUCCGGGCUCUACAAGGACCAGGUUCCACAGCCACAGGAAGUAGAAGAGGCCCGCGAGCCGUCGCUCUUGGACGGCAACUUUAUUGUCCCACCGCCGAACAAUACAGCUGCUCCCGCUCCUGGAACGACUGGCCAAAAUCGAAAUGAAUACACCGAGCGUGAAGUCCGAGAAACCGCUGCGGGCAAUGUAUCUUCCGACAACAAGUCAGAUGAGUUUUUUGACACAGACGAGGAACGAUUGAAGAUCCUGAAUCAAAGUCUUGAGGCGGCUGGAAACAACCGCAGUGUGGAGCGUAAGUCUACUGGUUUGAAGGUAAAGCGGGCAUCAUCUACGUCCGGGGCGCAACCUGCUGCUGCCCGGGGUCAGGACCCUGCUCCGGGCGCGAUGCUGAGUGCCGUGCUGGAUGAGUACCCACCAAAUCCAAAUGCUGCUGUUCCGCCCGCACAGCCCCCGCCGGACUCUACUCUGUUCUGGUUGGGCGUGGAUCAGACAACGCCGGACGGGCGCCCGCCCCCGAACACGGUGCCGCAAAUAUUACCAAGUAAUCCGCAAAUGCAACCGGGGAGUCAAGGCUCGAAGGGAGCGCCAGUGUCCUCCAAGGGCCCACCGGUUCCGACUUCCACCUCUGGCAAAUUCUCUAUGAAAGGUGGAUCUGCGAAGAUUAUACCCAGUGUGAAUAUGAUUUCGGUUUCUGGGAAAGGAAGCAGCAAGGGUCCGCCGGUGCCUCCUGUGGGUACGACAAGUAUGAAAAGUAGCAAGGGUAAAGGAAAAAAAUCUGGCUUCACUCCAGUCUCCACGCCUCCAGACAGCGACGCAGAACGUACUGCAGAAGUUGUCACAAACUCAAUGCCAUUCUCAAAGGGAGAGCGACCAAGAAGGAGCCGAGCCUCGCAAGGCGGUCCAACGGGCCCACCCAAGGUCGUGUCGGCAUCCGGGGACGUACCAGCAUGGGCUACUCCUGCGAACACGAGCAAUAUUCCGUUUGCGAAGGGGGAGCGCGUCCGAACCAGCGGCGCGAAAAUCCGAAGUUCGCAGGCAACUAACGCUAGCGACGGCAAGCCAUUUGCAGCUCCAGACUUUGUGUCCCAGCUCGGCAGCGUGCAACUGAAGUCGGCCAAGGUCGCAAAUCCCGCAAGCAAGCCGAAACCAAUGGACGUCGGGUCAGAACUUGCAAACUCCAUGCGAAUGAUCCGGGAGAAACGCGCGCCCGAGGUGGUGUUCGAAGCCCAAGGAACGAAUCGAAUAUAA